GGAAGCCCCACCCUCAAGAGCUCUGGCCCCUGAUGUAGCUGCCUUCCUGUGUCACUGGCUCUUGAUUCCAUAAACACAGGCCCCAUGGGCUCCCUUCAGCACUGCUGCUGCCAGCUGCCUAAGAUGGGUGACACCUGGGCACAGCUUCCCUGGCCCGGGCCUCCCCACCCAGCCGUGCUGCUGAUCUCCCUCCUCUUGGCGGCCGGGGUGAUGCCGUUGGAUGCUGGCACCAGCUGCCCCGUCCUCUGCACGUGCCGUAACCAGGUGGUGGACUGCAGCAGCCAGCGGCUGUUCUCUGUGCCCCCAGACCUGCCGAUGGACACCCGUAACCUCAGCCUGGCCCACAACCGCAUCGCGGCCGUGCCACCCGGCUACCUCACAUGCUACAUGGAGCUCCGGGUGCUGGAUUUGCGCAACAACUCCUUGAUGGAGCUGCCCCCGGGCCUCUUCCUCCAUGCCAAGCGCUUGGCACACCUGGAUCUGAGCUACAACAACCUCAGCCACGUGCCGGCCGACAUGUUCCAGGAGGCCCACGGGCUCGUGCACAUCGACCUGAGCCACAACCCGUGGCUGCGGAGGGUGCACCCCCAGGCCUUCCAGGGCCUCGUGCAGCUCCGAGACCUGGACCUCAGCUUCGGGGGCCUGGCCUUCCUCAGCCUCGAGGCCCUUGAGGGCCUGCCAGGGCUGGUGACCCUGCAGAUCGGGGGCAACCCCUGGGUAUGCGGCUGCACCAUGGAGCCUCUGCUGAAGUGGCUGCGGAACCGGAUCCAGCGCUGCACAGCGGACUCUCAGCUGGCUGAGUGCCGGGGUCCCCCCGAAGUCGAGGGUGCCCCGCUCUUCUCACUCACCGAGGAGAGCUUCAAGGCCUGCCACCUGACCCUGAGCCUGGACGAUUACCUCUUCAUCGCGUUCGUGGGCUUCGUGGUCUCCAUCGCCUCCGUGGCCACCAACUUCCUCCUGGGCAUCACAGCCAACUGCUGCCACCGUUGGAGCAAGGCCAGCGAAGAGGAAGAGAUCUGA